AUGACCGAUCAACAUCGUAAGAACGGAAACGAGGCCAUUAAAAAUAAAGAUUAUAUUCGGGCAUGGGAGGAAUAUACAAAAGGGUUAGAGAUUACACCAAAAGAUCCGGUUUUAUGGUCAAAUAGAUCUUUUGCGUGCUUAAAGGCUGGAUUUCCUGAACUUGCCUUGAUGGACGCUCGUAGGGUUAUCAUUUUAUGUGAUCAAGACGCAUUAAGUCGUGAUCAAUCAUUAGAAACCGUUUAUCAAAAAGGGAAGUUUCGAUAUGCCGAAUCUUUGGUUGCGUUAGGCUUACCACGUUUAGCAGCAGAAGCGUUUAGCGUUAUAAUAUCUGAAGAUGAAACCAAACAUUUUGUCGGAAUGAAUUAUUUAGAUCGAAAAAAGGUGUUGGAACGUAGGAUAGAAUUAUCCGAAAUUAAUUUGAAACAAAUACAUCAGAUGGUUGAGGAAGGUCAAAAGGAACACGAAACGUUUUUGAUCACGGAAGAAGACGUUGGAUUUUAUCAAUUUAACGGAAAGUAUCCUUGGGAUCAUCGACCUGAUGAACGUAUAAAAGAAUCUGCCUUGCGGGAACUUCAACAUAAACUUGAUUCGGUUAGUAAUGGCAAAUUAAAGUUGGAUUUUAUCAAAUUUGAUUCGGGCGAUGAAAAUCCGUUAACUCAGUUGGGAGUUGUCUCCAAUGUUGACAUUAAGGUUGAAGAUAUCAUUAUGGAAGAAGAUCCUUUCUUAACCAUUCAUAAUCAUUAUUACCUUCGAUGUGAUUACUGUUUUCACUUUCUUGAAGAGGAACCGGGCGAUGAUGAAGAAUCUCGUUUCAGGUAUCCUUGUCCAAACUCAUCAUGUCAAGAAUCUUUUUGUAAUUAUGAAUGUUAUUGUUUGGCAAGGAACCUUUAUCAUGAUGUACUUUGUGGUAAGGAUAUUGAACGUCUCAUUGAUUACAUUCAAAGGGAAAGAGGAGACAUCAAAAAGAACAAUCUUUUAUUAUUAUUAAAAUUAUUCGCCAUUGGCAAAAAAAGAAGUGUCUGUCCUUUGGAUGUCGAAGAAAUCAAACAUUUGACAAGAUUUAAUACAACCACGAAUGCAUUUGGGGGACCUGUGAUCGAUCAAACCGUUCACGAUACGGCGGCAAUCUUCCCCUUAAUCGCACUAUUUAAUCAUAAUUGUGAUAAUAACGUUGAAGGACGACAAUAUUUACAAGAAUGGCCGAAAUCGAACACCAUCACCAUGCCUUCGAUUUAUAAGAUGCUUCGUAAAACUCUACGCUCCAUUGGUUGUAAUUCUUAUCGAAUGACUAUUAUUGCUAAAAAUGAUAUAAAAAAAGGUGAACAACUUUUUUUGACCUAUUGUAAUCCGGAUUAUAACAAAAAGUCCCGUCAUAAGCAACUUUUACGAUCUUAUGGGUUUCUUUGUUAUUGUAACCGCUGUGAGAAGGAGAAGACCGACGAAUUCAAAACUUUACCUAUUGCUUGGUGUUUGUACUUUCCGGGCGACUUACGCGGUAAAAAUUUGUUAAACUAA